AUGGCGGCUUAUGGUGCCGCGAUUUCUCUCAAGAAUACCAUUCGGUGUCUUCUACAAUCGUCUCGCAUUUCACUAGCUCCUCCGUCUCCACAAAUCUUACAACCCGUUUACGAGGCCAUGGUUGACUUGCAGAAAGCUCUGCUAAAAUUGGAGGAGACCGGCUACAGCAAGAUCCGGACGAAGGUGAAUGCUUUGGACGAACGAAUCAAAGAGGCCAUAUGGGAAUUCGAAGAUUUACUCGAAUCUCAUGUGUAUCAACAGAUUCUUCCACAAGUCGAAGGUCACUUGUCUUUCUCGGUAGAUCUGCAUAGUCUCCGACAGAGUGUUGAUUGCUUCAUCCAGAGGGUGACAGUGAUGGAGGCGGAGUUCGAUAUUGAACUACUCAAUAUGCCUGAAGAAGAAGGCCAACCUAUUUCCUCAAGAAUUGAUUUUCACGGAAUCGACUCAAACAUGGUUGGGUUAUCCCAAGAAUUUGAAAGCACAAGGGAUUAUCUUCUUGGAGAAAAUAAAGAGAGCUACUAUGCAAUUACGGGGAUGGCAGGAGUUGGAAAGACAACAUUUGCUAAAAAAUUAUUUGACGAUCCAUCACUUAAGAGUCAUUUCGAGCUUCGAGUAUGGGUUAAAGUGGGCAGAAAAUGUGAAUCUAAUGAAACAUUACGAUGCAUAGUAACUCAAGUGGAUCGCGACCAAAUGCUUACCCAAGGAGACGAAGACAACGACGAGAAAUUAGUUAGACUCUUGAAAGAGAGAUUGAAGGAUAAGAAAUGUUUCAUUGUGUUGGAUGAUGUAUGGAAAUGGAAUGCGCGAGUUAUGGAUAAAUUGCCACGAGAAAAUGUCCGAAUCUUGCUAACGAGCAGGCAAAAUUUAGAAGAAUGCCGAAUUGGGCGUAAACUACGCUUGUUGAAUGAUGAAGAAAGUAAGAAAUUACUUGGCAAGAAGGUGUUCGGUGAAGAUGGUUUUCCUCCUCACCUUGAUGAACUAGGAGAAAAGAUUGUCAAAAAAUGUGAAGGUCUUCCACUUGUGAUAGUCAAAGUUGAGCUCCUAUCCAAAGAAGAAAUAACCCCACAAUACUGGGCCGAGAUGUUAUUUCUGUAUUUCGGAGCUUACCCUCCGUAUAUUGAUAUUGAACCACACGUCAUCUUAAAUCGGUUGAGUACUGAGGGGUUUGUUGAAUCUUUUGGUAGACAAUUUUUGGGUGAUUUUAUGGAUGGAGACGCUUCUAAUUUUCAUUUGCACGAAUGGGUGGCAGUCCUCGCUACCGUGGAAGUAUGGGACAUGCAAGAACUACAACAUAUCGAGGUAUGGGGAAAAGACCUACCUACCCCUGAUUCUUCUACUGCUGCAUUGGAUAGACUUGACACUCUUAAUGGUGUGAGUGAAAAGAGUUGCACAAGAGAAAAACUCAAGAGAAUCCCAAAUUUAAAGAGAUUAGGAAUUGUGGUAGAAUUGCAGCCUUAUGAUGAAGAUGAUGAUAGAAACCCAUUGAGUAACUUGGGUUUUAUAUCAGAGGAACUCCAGUAUUUGAACACACUUGCAUAUACUGUGAUGUAUCCAGAUAUUAAGCGUGAGUUUAUGGUUCCUCUAUCGAUGUUCCCAUCAAGUUUGACAACUUUGAAUUUGAGUGGCUUAGGGUGUCCAUGGGAGAACAUGAAUGUCAUAGGUUCGAUGCUACCAAAUCUCAUGUUCCUCACGUUAAAAGGCUAUGCCUUUCGAAGCGCCGAGUGGAAUAUAGAAGCACUUGAUACAGUUAUAAUUAAGGACACCGAUUUGGUGCGAUUGAUAGCUCAACAUGGAAGUCUACCAAGGCUCAAACUCCUAAGCAUACGCCAUUGCUACAAAUUACAACAAUUCAAUUGGUCGCGUGAUCCCUCAAUGGUCACCAUUGCAAUUGAGUUAGUUGAGUGCAACCCCUUAGCCGUCGUUUCUGCCAAGCAAUUAAAGCCUGAAUCUGUCUUUAAAAUUCGUUCUCACUCUUCUUUUUGA